AUGGAAAGGAAAUAUUCAUCGAGAAGCCAGUUGCCAGAAAUUGAUGAGGGACUAGAUUAUCAAUACAACACUGUAAACUGGCUUAUCAAAACAAAAGAACCGGCUUGUGUUGGAGGUGAUGCAAGGAAACAGCUUAGAUUUCUUCUUCUCAAACAAAGCGAACUUUCACGAUCAUUAUUUAACGAUAACGGUGUCUUCAAAGUCCCAUUUAGUGAUGCUGUGUUUGAGGAAGAUGGUUGUGCAGAGUACGCUUUUGAUUGGUUCCCCCCAUCUGAUCAAUCAGUAUUGCCUAAAAGUGUUGUAGUCUAUAUCCAUGGAGGGUUUUGGCAAGCUAUUGGAUGGAAAGAAUCCAGCCAUUGGGCUUUCCCAGUUACAAACGCUGGCAGUAUAUUUAUCUCCUUGGUUUACAGACUAGCACCUAAAGAGCAACUUGAAGUCAUGCCACAGCGUCUGUGUCUUGGAAUGCAGAAGGCUAUGAAUCUUACACAACAGAAGUUCAGUCAAUUACAUCAUACAGAACUCAAUAUCACUUUAGUAGGUCAUUCUGCAGGGGCUCAUUUGAUUCUUGAAAUGAUACAUUGGGCUCAGAUACAAUCGGUAUCAAAUAGAAAUUGGCUGUGUUGUUUGAAGAAUCUCAUUUUGAUCUCAGGCGUGUAUGACUUACGCCCAAUUAUUCAUACAUCUGUGAAUCAAGCAUUGAAACUGAGGUCAGUUGAAGAAGCUUGGUCUCGUAGUCCGAUCCGACAUUUUACGCAAGAUUCUCCAAAUACACUACUACAAAAACCACUACAUUGGCUUGUUGCUUGGGCGGAGUACGACUCACCAGCUAUGCAGCGGCAGUCUGAAGUUCUAGUUGAAUUACUGAAAAGUGCAUCAAACCGAAGCGAACAAACAACAUCCUCAAUGAAAUUCACUUAUGAAGUGUUUUACAUAACAAAUGAAGAUCAUUUCACAACUAUCCUGCAGCUUCAUAAUGGUCCAGAUAACAGCAGUAUGAUGAGAAAGAUCUUGGAGUUGAUUAUUGCAACCCAAAGUUGA